AUGAAACUUCCAGGCGAUAACCGUUGGUCGCUUGGUACCUGCGUACGUGCACUCGAAAACCGAUCUUUCGAAGUCGAGGUUUGUGGAAGGCGAUAUCGCCGUAAUCGCCGUCAUCUACGUGCGACCAAAGAGAUGGCACCACCUCCCAACGCGAAAGAUUCCCAAAUCGAACCGAGCGAGCCGAUCGAAAAGGACCUCACCCCAAGUUUACCAGUCGUGGAACAUAGCACACCAACUAACCCUUUAAAUCAUGAAACAGAAAAUGAAAAUCAGGUAGGCAGUUCUGGCAGUAAUGGAGGUCGAACGCCGAGUGAAAGUGACGCGGGACAAGAAGAGACAAUCCCUCGUCGAACUACGCGAGUGCGACGUUCGCCAGAUUGGCAUAAAGAUUACGAGAGACACUAA